CACGCCUUCCCCUCCUCCACCGGGCUGUACUUGAGGUCUCUUGCUUCUACAACAAAAGGCCCGCAGGUCUGCAUCUGCUACAUUCUCUUGGACUUCCCUCCACGACUUCCACCUUCUGCCCGACUCUUCCAAUUUUACCUGCCCAAUUCCGGUCAAAGCACUGCCCAGCUUGCCUUCCCCGCUUUCCCAACUGUCCAACAUGUCCGACUACGACGAUGAUUACGGCUACGACGACUAUGAUGACUACGAUGGCGGAUAUGACGAUGGAGGGUAUGACGACGGAGGGUAUGACGACGGAGGGUACGAUUAUGGCGACUACGAUCACGGUGGAUAUGAGGAUCAUGGAGCCCAUGAUCAUGACAGCCAUGAUGCUGGCGAGGAUGCAGUAGCAGUGGAAUACACGGGUUUUGCCGUUAUUGAGGAGGUGGAAGGUGGCCAUGACCAUGGUAGCGCUGUCGAUGGUGGUGGCCAUGAGGAUCACACCGGUUAUGCUGAGUAUGCUCAUUCGGACGAUGGCUACCAAAGUGAUCACGACCAAGCUCUUUCCUAUGGAGUCAUCUCCGGUGGUCCCAGCUAUGUUCAAGACCACGACGACUAUCCUGCGUCGUACUCUCCGUCUCAAUAUGCUCCGUCUGCCCGUGGCGCGAGCCAACCAUCAUCUGCACCGCGUGGUUUGAUGGUUGAUUCCCAAAGUCACGGCGGAUCCUACAGCCAUCGCCCUUCAUCAAGAAGCAGCGGCGUUCAUUACAAUGGCAACUACCAUGGUCCUGGCACAUGGAAUUACGAAGAACAGUCUCUACGAAACCAUAGUGCCGGAUACAGGUAGGUUCCACUUGGACUCACACAUCAGAACUUGCCAAUUCCUCAAGUGCUGGUUAAGAAGGAGCCACAUCACUCU